AAGAACAAGUUAGCCUUAUUUUUGAACAAUGCAGCGAGCUCCAGUGAUGUCACAGAUGAAGACGAAGAGAACAUCCCUUCAACGUCUACAGCCACAAAAAAGAAGAUUCCAAAAAAACCAGCACCUGCUUGGAAUGAAGUGAAUCCAGAUAACAGUGAGAAACCUUCUCCGCCAAUGCUAGAAUUAAGUAACGAACAUGUACUUCAGUCUCCAGUUGACUACUUCAAAGAUUUUUUUGACAAUGACCUUUUAACUUUGAUUGCUACUCAGUCAAACUUGUAUAGUGUCCAAAAAAAUCCGAAUAAACCCUUGAAUACCUCAGAGAAGGAAGUAGAGCAGUUUAUAGGCAUUUGCAUCUACAUGAGCAUUUAUGGUCUACCUAGGAGUAGGAUGUAUUGGAAUGGAAAUACACGAGUAAAAAAGGUUGCACAUGUUAUGUCACGUAACAGAUGGGAGUAA